UAUUUCUCACGGUUAAAAGUUCUGCUCUCCGAGUUGAUUAAACUGGCUAAAUUGCUAUUUUAUUUAGUGUUGUGAUAAACGCGUGUGAAAAACAAAGACUUUCCAUUGACCGCGGACACAAACGAUUCACGAACCGAAGAGUGAGCCGCGCAGAAAAGGGGGAAAAACGAGUUUUCCCCGAUUUGAUGUGAUUGUGAAAGCGCAGCGAGAUUUGUCAACGCAAACAAGCAAGAAGAAGAGCCCGUGGGCAGCGUAAUAUUUGUUAAUAAUAACGGCUGCGAAAACAACAACAUUGCGGAAGCAGAAUCUCCGACUUGUCGCGUUUCCGUCGCAGCAGCGCUAAAAAUAAACCCACCCACGCACCCCCCCUCUCGAAUCACCCGCAACCCACACCCCGCCCACCAUCAACCUACCACCACCUUCCGCCUUCCGCCCACUCCUCCGCCCACACCCACGCACGAAUUUGGAGAGGUGAACUUGUGUUGACUUUUCCAGCGCGCGGACUUUUCCGGAGGAAAAUGCAAAAAUGAGAGCCGAGCCACCAGCGGACCACUGGGAAUUUGCGAGCCGGAGGCGCCUUGAAUGAGAGUCCUUAGCCCGAGAUGUCAGAUUUCGUGCCGCACGACCUCAUCCCCGAUCUGUGGGAUGAGAUUCUCCGGCGCCACUGGAUGUUUCUCGAGACGGAGGAGAGCAUAGAGAAGCUCGAGGAGCGCAAGCAGCUGGAGGGCUGCCUGAAGGAGUUCCUCUGCGUGGUGCAGCACGAUCGCAAGUUCUUUCUGCCGGAAACUGGACAUGUCCUGCGGAGGUCUGUGCUCGAGCUGCCCGACUUUUCGGCCCAGAACGCCAUCGUAGCCUUCGAGACCAUCAGCCAGUAUGCCAACAACCUGUUUACGAAGCCCUGGAGAAAGGAGUACCGAACUCUUAAGACCUACUCGGGAUGCUUUCAGCACGACAUUCAGUCCCGCCUGCUGGACGCCGAGCAGCUCUUCCUGGCCAUGGGUUAUCGGCGGGCUGCCGAGGACACCUUCGUCCUCGAUGGUCCCAUCUGUCCGGAUCAGGUGACGAAUGUUUCGCGCGACGCAAUGGCCGCCUACGUGGAGUGCCAGAUCAUGAAGCACAUCUACGCGGGAGUCACGGCAGCGGGAUACAGCUGCACUUGGAAAGACAUCCUGCAGUUCCGCGAGCGCUACGUGGGUGGAACGUCAACGACCAUCAAGGAGAUGGUCAGGCAGCUGAGUGAGAAACGGGUGCGCAAGGAGCAGCCACCGAUGCAGGAGAAUACAUACAGCAAUGUGGUGAAAGCUGCGCCAGCUGCCUGCGCCAUACGCAGCAACAACGUUGCCCAUCAUCCCAGCAGUUCCGGCACUUGUGCCCUGCAUCCCAAUGGGCUGAAUGAGGCGGGUAAGUAUCUGCCGCCUUACCCAGCGCAUCCGCAGCAGCAACCGCACCUGCCUGGUCCGCUGAUGACGCAUUCUCGCAGCUUGGAACACUACCAGGAGCCGCAUGCCCAUCUGCCUCACCGCCACUCCUUCGAUCAGCAGCUCCAGCAGCAGUGCCAGCUGCCGCACGUCUACGAGGCGCCCUAUGACUGCUUGGAUGGCCUGAGCAUGGGCAGCAGUGCCUCCUACGCGGCCGUGGCUGGUGCCUACAAUGCGCCGGGAAACCGCUAUCCGCUGCCGUACAACAUCUCCAGCCAGCUGAAUGCCCCGUAUGCCUCGCCCGCCGACCUCUAUGGCAAUGGACAGCACACCAACAUGUACGCCACGCUGGGGAAGACGGGCCCAGCCCACAGCUGCGAUUUGCAUCGUCGCCAGCCGAACACUUCUGCUGCUGCCGCUGCUGCCUUGGCCGCCAUGCAGCACCGCCAGAGCACCUAUCCGCCGGAUCACCACCUCAUUGACUUCGACGAGCGAGCCCUUCUGUCCCAGCAUGACUUUGGGAUGCACGACUACGAUCCGCAGUAUGCCGAGCUCGUGGGUCAGUUGCAGCCCAGCAUGCGGGGGAAUCCGGCAGCCAUGUAUGCCACCUACGGGGGCUACGACCUGCCCACCACGCUCCCGCAAGCGCCGCCGCCGACCGGCCAGGAUAUGUACAUCUACGCACGGCCGGUUCCGAAGAGCAGUCGUAUGCGGGCGUUGGCCGAGGCGGGGGGCAUUAAUUCGACUGACAAACAUCCGCGAUCAGCGGAUAAGCAAAACACCAUGGACAAUAAUCGCAAGAUGCACAAGGAAUUGAAGGAGCGGCCUAGUCGAACGGCUCCGGCCAAGAGGUCCGUCACCGAACGUGAUUUACCCACCACCAUUUCGGACAUGAACAGUUACGACUCGGCCAGUCUGGACGGAUUUGUGGCCCUGGACGGUGGCUCGCCGCCUCUGAUGCCCAAAGUACAGGAGGGCGUCGGCAGUUUCGAGUCCUGGAACUAUGUAUUCAAGAACCUCGAGCGUUCGGGCUACACCAAGGACCUGGGUGACCGCGAGGACCUGCUGGUGCAGAGCUUGGACCUAGGCUCGCUGGCCAUAUCGAAUGAUGGGACAGCUCCCCCGGCGGAAAAGCGCCGUGAGGCCACGAAACCCACAAACGGAGAGAAGGCGCGCACGCUAGAUAAGAAAUCCGGUACGGGGCGACGCGAGGCUAAGGUGGUGCAAGCUCCUGCACCCAGUCCUCUGCCCAAUAGCAGCAGUGCCGGCGUUAAGAAGGUCAAGUCCGCCUUGAAGACGGCCGUCGUGGACAAUCGGGGAACCGCGACAAGGCAACGCACCGGAGCUGUGCCCAAGCAGCCGCCGACUGUUUCCCCCCAGCUGAUUGUGACCAGUCCGAACGAGUGGAGCUGCAGCUUCUGCACGUUCCUCAAUCCGGACACCAAGCGCAUCUGCGAGAUGUGCUGCCGCAGCAAGGACUUCAACCUGGAGGCCGCCUCGGCGGCUUCCUCCUCGGCGGCUGCAGCUGCGGCGGCAGCGGCCAGUGUGUCGCACGCAUCCUCGACCUGCGUGUAGGAUGCAGUGGAUGCAGCGGAACCCUCGUUAGUGAUACAAACAGUGUAUAGCUUCAUAUAUUUUUUAUACGACCAAUGUAAGCCUGUGCGCGUGUCUCCAAGAUCUAGUCUCGAUCGCAGUCGUCGUUCGAUGGCAGGCAGCCCUUUGACAUCCGCAUUCGGCUCCUCGGAUCAGCGGAUGGCGCUGCAGACGGGAUGGGUCUGCAGCCUGUACAUACGAAGUAUUCUAAUUAGUUACCCCUACUCGUAAACACACGCUUUAAUUAGUUUUAGAUUGUUUCCCAUUGUUAAGGGCGCUUCUGUUUCAAAUUACGUGCCUCCCUGAAUAAGUCAUCUACAUAUACAUAUAUACGAGUAUAUACAGCGUAUAGACAUUUAUAUAUUUGUACGUGUGCACGCGACGCGAGGAGCGAAAGAGAGUGAAUUUCGAAAUUCGAAAUUCGAAGUUGGAAGUCGAAAGUUGGAAGUUUUCUAGGAAAUCAACUGAUAAUAUAUACCUUAUGCUAAUAGUUGCAUUCACAAUACGUAUUUCCGACAGUAAAUCAGAGUACAUAGAGUUAUAUACCGAUCUUGCAUAGAUAGUACUUGUACACCUAUAGCCGUAACAUAAGCGAUUUCAAUUCGAAGAACCGAGCUACGCAUACAUAACGCAACAUAAUAAAUCGAACUGGUACGGGUUGUAAACUGAAAGUUUUUGAUUCACACUUUACGAGAACUCAGUGGCCGCCUGGCCGCAUGGCCACCACCCACGUCAUCCCACCCACCCAAAGCCAUUUGUUUGUUAAAUGUUACUAUUGUUUCCUGUUGAAGCAUCCCGCUAGAAUCGAAAGCCACGAGAUAUUUUUGUAAGCGAUACCCACGUACCUAUUGCGCUAUGUUGAAUAGUUUGUUGUAUUUUUUGUACACCUCUGUUGACGUUUCGAGUUCCGAACGCCUCUCUGUACAUGCCAUGGCCAGCAGACCGAAGGAAUAUAUCUAGACUUUAGACCGACUAAGGAUUGAAAUUAAACCAAGGAACUUCAGCAAGGCCGUUCAGGCACAACCUUCGCUCAAACAUUUAUUACAUUACAUAACUUUGCAUACUAUUACCGAAUGAAUUUAGCAGCAGCUCUUCCUAAAAUCCCUAACGAAAAAAUAACAAUAAAAUACCAUUUUGACAUA